AUGGAGGUAGGAGAAGCUUCAACCAUCACUUGCUUCCCAACCACGGAACAAAAUCCCCUUCAAAACCCUAACUUGCUGGUCAACCAACAAACAGAGACGAAGCUACAAAACCCUAAAACCACAAAAGGUCGACAGAAGAUAGAAAUCAAAGAGAUCAAAGAAGUGAACCGAAGGCAAGUGACGUUUUCAAAACGCCGGUCCGGUCUUUUCAAAAAAGCGGCCGAGCUAAGCGUUCUAAGCGGCGCGCAGAUCGGCAUCGUAACGUUUUCGCGUUGCGAUAGGAUCUACACGUUUGGUAACGUGGACACACUCAUCGAAAAGUACUUGCACAAGACUACGGUGAUGCUGAGGUCACAUCCCGGCGGUGAAGUGGCGAACGGAGAGGAGGGAGACGAAGGUGUGAUGUGGUGGGAGAGGGAGGUGGAGAGUGUGGCGGAGGAAGAGAUGGAAGAGUACAAGAAUGCUUUGAGUGUGUUGAGGGAUAAUUUGUGGACAAGGAUCUGCGAGUUGGGUGGUGAUAGAACGGUCGAGAUGAAUGUUCCGGCGUUGAUGAAUCCGACGGUCAUGAACGAUCAUCGAGGUCAUGGAGGUAACGAUCAUGGAGGUCUAGAGUUUGCUAUGGUUCCGUUUAUGUCUCCAAACGCUAGACAAUGA